AUGCUGUUGGCUACCUUCCUACUGCUCAUCACCUUCGAGAGGGAACAAAAGUGGCCAUGGGGUAAAAGACAGGAGGAGUUGUUCCUGCCUCCUGUGCUGAGUGUCGUCCCCUCUUCCAAGCCCCGUGAGGGGAGCCCGCUGACCCUGAGAUGCCAGAUGAAGCUGCAUCCUCAGAAGCCUGCCUCGCGGUUCCUCUUCUCCUUCCACAAGGAGGGCCACGCCCUGCAGGACAGGGGGCUCCACCCAGGGUUCUUCAUCUCAGUAGCUGGGGAGGGAGACUCUGGGCUUUACUGGUGUGAGGCGGCCCCUGAGGGUGGCAGGGUCCAGAAACAGAGCCCCCAGCUGGAGAUCAGGUCUCCUGUGUCCCAUCCUCUGCUCAUCGUGAGCCCCAGGCCCACCAGGCUCGCUGUGGGGAACAUAGUGGAGCUCCUCUGUGAGGCCCAGAGGGGCUCCCCUCCCAUCCUGUACUCAUUCUACCUCAAAGAGAAGAUCCUGGGGAACUUCUCGGUCCCCCAUGGUGGAGCCACCUCCUUCCUCUUCCUGGUGACACCGGAGCAGGAUGCUGGGAACUACUCUUGUGAAGCUGAGAACAGGGUCUCCAGAGAGAAAACUCAGCAUGAGACACUCUCCCUGAAUGACAGGCCAUAA